UCGUUCGCUCGCCCAGAUUACUUUGUUCAUAAGUUAUCAUUAUUAUCAGUCGAGACUUCCUAAAACUCUUUCUUCCACCCGAAUCACCACGUCUUCCCAUCCCAACUCCCAGAAAACUAAAAAAUAAAUAAUAUCUAAAAUACUUAAACAUAAAUAAAUUAUAAAUAAUCAAAAUCCAAAAUUAUCAAUCUCCUUUAUCUUUAGAAUCAUUCAAUUCUAACAUUUGCUGAUUUUCGCAGUUAUUAUAGACUUAGGGUUGUGAUGGGAGGGAUUGGAUGGAGAGAAGUGUUAGUUUGUUUGUUUUGCACUGUUACGUUGGCGGAGUCUACUAGCAGAACGUUAUCGGUGUCGCUGGUUGGCAUUGGUGGUGAUCGUUCGUUACUUUACGUUUGGACGAUAUUUAGUGCUGGGUUUUGUGUACUUGUUGCUCUUGUUCUUUCGAUGUAUUUGAUAUUCGAGCAUUUAUCUGCGUAUAACCAACCCGAGGAACAGAAGUUUUUAAUCGGGCUUAUUCUGAUGGUCCCUGUUUAUGCGGUGGAAUCGUUUUUGUCGCUUUAUGAUUCAGAUGCUGCGUUUAACUAUGAAAUAAUACGGGAUUGUUAUGAAGCGUUUGCGUUAUAUUGCUUUGAGAGAUACCUGAUAGCCUGCUUAGGUGGAGAGGAUAAUACUAUUAAGUUCAUGGAAAGUAAAAGCCUGAUCAGUUCUAGCAUCCCCCUGAUAGAAGAAUCAUAUACUUACGGAAUUGUGGAACAUCCUUUUCCAUUGAGUUGCUUGAUGAGAGAGUGGUAUCUUGGUCCUGGUUUCUACCAAGCUGUAAAAAUCGGGAUUGUGCAAUACAUGAUAUUGAAGCUCAUAUGUGGCCUGCUAGCAAUGUUUUUUCAGUUUCUUGGAGUUUAUGGAGAGGGGAAGUUUGAAUGGGGAUAUGCCUAUCCAUACUUAGCCCUGGUUCUUAACUUCAGCCAAAGCUGGGCUUUGUAUUGUCUCGUGCAGUUCUAUUCAGUGAUCAAAGACAAGCUUGCACCAAUUAAACCUUUGGCAAAGUUUCUGACUUUUAAGUCGAUAGUAUUCCUAACAUGGUGGCAAGGUGUCGCUGUUGCAUUUCUUUUUUCGAUGGGAGCUCUUAAAGGGUCCUUAGCACAAGAAUUAAAGACGCGUAUUCAAGAUUAUAUCAUCUGUAUCGAGAUGGCUGUUGCUGCGGUGGUGCAUCUAUAUGUUUUUCCUGCAGUACCUUAUAAACGGGGAGAAAGAUGUGUGCGUAAUGUUGCUGUCAUGGCCGACUAUGCAUCUUUAGGAUCAGAACCUGCUCCAGAUGAGGUCCGAGACUGUGAGAGAACCCCAAAAGUUCGCUUUCCUAAUCAUGAUGACAUAGAGAAGCGCAUGAAGUUACACCAGAGCGUUCGUGAUGUGGUCGUAGGAAGCGGUGAAAUUAUAGUCGAUGACAUGAAGUACACAGUUUCACAUGUUGUGGAGCCAGUUGAAAGGGGAAUAGCAAAAAUAAAUAGAACGUUUCAUGAGAUAUCAAAAAACGUGAAACGACAUGAGGAAAGAAUAAAGAGCUCUAAAGAUGACAGUCAUAUUAUUCCUUUAAAUUCAUGGACUAAAGAGUUUCCUGAAGUGAAUGAUGGUGUUGUAGAAGGCAGUUUUAGUGACAGUGGCGUCUCGGAAGGGAGGCGGCAUCGUUGGCAAUAGGAAAUCUUUCUUAUUCCGACUGCCAAUAGUUUUUGAACAUUCUUAACAUCGUCAACUUAUGUGCUGGGCGGCUAAGGUAUUUGGGUCCAUUACCACUGUAAAGAUGGGUGAUACUUCCAAAUUGCAUUGGAUAGCAGAAUUAAAGUUCUUCAAAGAUUUAACAUAUUGGACACUGAACACCUUGUAUAUAAUUUUAGAGGAGCCUCUUACUUUACUCUUCCUAGGAAUUAAGUUAAUAUAUCACGCAGGAUAAUCUUUUAUUACAACGUAAUUCUGAUGGCCGAUUUAUAGAAUGAGGGCUGUAUAUAAGCAAGUAUAUACGAUGUCAAUAAGAUAGACAAAAUGUAUGUCAUGUAUGAUGAAUUCAUGAUCGUUGUUUUUUAGCUAAAUUAGAAAUUUAGAAGCUACUGUGUUAGAGGAU